UCACCCCCUACUGGUGGCAGCGACCCUUCAAAAGAAGAGGCCAGUACUUCUAAAUUUGUGACUAUGUCCAACCCAGAAUACAUAGUCUUCACAGACAGUGAGCUUGAACAGGCACGACGCUACUACUUUGAGCAGAAACGGCUGGGGACCGAGCACAGCGUGGCCUUAUCCAAGGAGCUCUUCUGCCGACUCAUAAGAAACACGAUGACUAAUAUGAUUGCUAUCGCAAGAGCCACAGAGGACUGCAGAUACCCCACCAGACAUGAGGUGAAUGCCAUGGCAAAACGGUUGGUGGAUUACUAUCCGAUGAUAAAAGAAAAGUCAUCCAACAGUGAGUGGGAGCAUGUUGCUAAAAAGCUCAUGAAGAGACUCUCAAAUGUCAGAAGUCCAAGGAAGGCCAAAGCUCCUCCUUCAAAGAAACCACGACAAGAUGUGGAAGUCACUUCAGACAUUUCAACCACUGACUACGAUGGAGAUUCCAGUGCAUCCACCAUUAUUCUGGAACGUUCACCUGUUAGUCCCAUGGGCAUCUCAGUAAGCCCGAAAACCCAAGCAAGACAUUACAAGACCCUCCAAGAAAUGUUCAAGUCCAAAAAGCCAAACAAAGCUGCGAUAACUCAUUUGCUGAACCUGGAAUUUGAGUCUCAUCACCUCUGA